AUGAUAAUAAAUGAUAAUGAUAAUGAUAGGGAUAAUGUAAUUGCACAAACAGUAAGUAACUCCGCACCCAUUUUAAAAGAAACAACUAAUCUCAUCCAACAAACAGAUAACCAAGUAAACACUGCUGAGGAAGUAAAUGAAACAAACGACGAAGAAGCUAUUUUGAAAAAUUUGGCUCCACAAACUUUACCUAACUCGAUAUGGAAACGAAGAAGUGCAGGGUUUAAUAUCGGUAACAUUCAAUUUCCUACGUCUCCAGUACGCCAAAAUUCAUUUCAGAAACUAAAAACUUUUACUAGCCCUAUCUUUAGUAACAAUGUAAAUAAUAGUCAACAGCAACACCACAUUGGAAACGUUAGAAACGCUGGUACAAAUGAUAUACACGAAAGUAAUACCUGUAAAAAAUACGGUAAUUUUGAUAGAAGGAUACCCUCAUUUGUCAACAAUAUUCAAGAACUUGGAAACACCUUGCGAAUAACUCCAAGAAUUAGAAAUAGUGGAGCUUUUUCCUUCAAAGAGAGAAAAACACCCCAUCCAAUAUAUGCACCAGAUGAUCAAGAAUUGAGAACAAAAAGACUUGCUUCUGAUUUAAUAGCAUCUCUUUUGGCCGGUGGACCUGCUUCACUGUUUGCAGGGACAAACUUUCUUAAGGAUUCACAUGGUCGUAAAAGAGUUCCUAUUUUGCUUGCAAUGUUAGAUGUUAAAAUACGGCCUUUAAAAGACAUAAACCAAUAUGUAAAUUAUGAAGAAGAAAACGAUGACACUGAAUUAUCCAGAAGAAAUACUAGUAGGCGGCAGAGUGACACUGGAAGUAUCAUAUCGGCUAGGUUUUUUAGAAAUAGGAUAAAUGAUAUAAAGGAUUUGAAUACGUACAGCAAGAAAAGAUUAUUUGAAAUCAGUCUUGAAUAUGGUAUUGAUGAUUACAGAUCAAAAUGGAAAAUAAUUAAAACCUAUGGUUCUAUGAUGGAAUUGCAUAACCGAUUGAAAGCCUUGAGUAUUCAAUAUGCAGUUCAAGAUAUAUUGAGUACCGAUAGAAAGGCUAGACUCUUAUUACCAAAAUUUCCUCAUAAAAAGAAAAAAAGUUCGCACGAUAGCAAAUAUAAUGAAAAGGAUCCAGGUGUUGGAAUAUCCUCAAGAAAUUCUAUAGCAUCUUCGGAAUUGUCGGUGUCUAGUACCUCCUUGAAUUCUCAAUUGUUAUUUGAUAUCAACAAUGUACAUCUAAAGCAUUUAGAAGACUUGAUAAAUGAACCAGAUGAUUACGAGCAACCUAUGGAAAAAUUGUUGGAAAGAUAUUUUCGUUUGCUAAACCUUGCAUUAUGCCUAAGACCUGAAGCAAAUUUAUUGAUUCAGUAUUAUGAAUUUUCAACAAUUAGUAAUUUGCUUUCAUAUGAGGAAGGCUAUAAAGGGAAACAGGGUAUUUUAAUGAACAGUACUUCUGCCACUGCACAAGGUUGGAAGGUUCCAUACUUGACUAAAAGUUCAGUAAAGGAAAUAGUUCAAAGACACACAACUAAGUGGUGUCUAAUUAGAGAUUCUUAUAUUAUGUAUGUCUCUGAUAUAUUUUCUACUACUCCCCUUGAAGUGUUUUUGUUGGACUCAAAGUUUAAUUAUACAUUCAGUGGUGAUGAUUCAAAAGAUAAACGAAAUAUUAGCAUGAACAAUGUAGAUGAUGAUAUGGAAUGGGACUUGGAAAAAAUAAAGAAAAUUUCAACUAAUCUAUUUAUAAAAUUAACUAAUGCUGAGAGAAAGUUGACAUUUCUUUGUAAGUCUGAGUUAUCCAUGAGACUUUGGGUAUCAUCAAUUGCUAAGAUGACAAGAAAUUGUAUUUGGGUUGGUCCUAAAAGAUUUGAUAGUUUUGCACCUGUUAGAAAAAAUGCAUUUGCUAAAUUUCUAGUUGAUGGAAGAGAUUAUUUUUGGUCGUUAAGUUUGGCACUAUUGGAGGCAGAAGAUGUAAUAUAUAUCCACGAUUGGUGGUUAUCUCCAGAACUUUAUUUAAGACGUCCUGUUUCUGGAAAUCAAGAAUACAGAAUUGAUCGAAUUCUAAAGAAGAAAGCCGAACAAGGUGUUAAAAUAUUCAUUAUUGUCUAUCGUAAUGUUGGUAAGACAGUAGGAACUGAUAGUCUUUGGACAAAGCAUUCUUUUUUGACAUUACACAAAAAUGUCUACAUCAUAAGAUCACCCAACCAAUGGAGGCAAAAUAUAUUUUUCUGGGCUCAUCAUGAAAAAUUCACUGUGAUAGAUAAUACAAUAGCUUUUAUGGGUGGUAUUGAUCUUUGUUUUGGAAGGUAUGAUACACCAGAGCAUGCUUUGAGAGAUGAUAGUCCAGAUAUUAAACAACAAAUUUUCCCUGGGAAAGAUUAUUCAAAUGCGAGGGUAAGCGAUUUCAUUGACUUGGAUAAACCUUUUGAAUCAAUGUAUGAUAGAAAUACGGUAUGUCGAAUGCCUUGGCAUGAUGUACAUACCAUGAUUAUUGGUGAACCUGCAAGAGAUAUGAGUCGUCAUUUUGUUCAACGGUGGAAUUAUGUAAUAAGACGUAAAAGGCCGAGUAGACCUACUCCUUUAUUACUGCCACCAAUAGAUUUUUCAAAAGAGGAAUUACUUAAUUCCCCUCUUUUUCAAUCUUUGAAGGCCGAAUCGACAUGUGAAAUCCAAAUACUAAGAAGUGCUGGUAAUUGGUCUUUGGGAUUGAAGGAAACCGAGCAUUCGAUUCAAAAUGCAUAUCUUAAGUUAAUUGAACAAAGUGAGCAUUAUAUUUAUAUUGAAAAUCAAUUCUUUGUUACUACUUCUUCAUGGGAUGGUGUAAUCAUUGAAAACCGUAUUGGUGAUGCUAUAGUCGAUAGAAUUAUAAAGGCUCAUGUAGAAAAGAAAACUUGGAAAGCAUUUAUUAUUAUCCCGUUAAUGCCAGGUUUUGAUUCCCCAGUUGACCAACCGGGGGCUUCAAGUUUAAGAGUUAUUGUUCAAUGUCAGUAUUGCAGCAUUUCAAGAGGGCCAACCUCCAUAUUUGGUAAGUUACAAAAGCUUGGAAUUAAUCCACAUGAAUAUAUACAUUUCUUUUCACUUAGAAAAUGGUCGACGUUUGGUCCAGAUAAUCUUCUAAAAACAGAACAGUUAUAUGUUCAUGCAAAAUUGUUGAUUGUUGACGAUAGAAGUUGUAUAAUAGGAAGUGCAAACAUCAAUGAACGGUCACAGUUAGGUAAUAGAGAUAGCGAGGUUGCUGCUAUUAUAAGAGAUACAGCUACUAUAAAAUCUAAAAUGAACAAUAAGUCUUACGUAGCAGGCAAGUUUCCUUUUGAAUUAAGGCAAAAAUUAAUGAGAGAACAUAUGGGAUGUGAUAUAGAUUUGGUCGAUAUUGUUGAGAGAAAAUUUAACAAGUUAAGUAAAUUAGCAACUCUUAAUUAUAAAACGUUAAAUACAUUAACUGAUACAGGCGUUAGGGAAAAAGACCUUCGUGAUUCUGCUUUAAUAGAACUUGCAUAUAGAGAAGUAUUUGGGUGCUGUUACAGUCCAGCAUGGAAAGAAAAAUAUGGUAUAAAUUCCAAUAAAACAGAUACAGAAUGUUAUGGAGUUUACAAAAGAGUUAAAAAUGAUACUAGUACAGGUAUAUAUGAAAGAGAACUAAAUUUAAAGGACUUCGGUUGUCCAUCGGCUAUACCUAGUAUUAAAAAAUACAGAAAGAAAAAGGUACAUUCUUUCAAUUAUCGGGCGGGGAUUGAUAACACCGGGGUAAAAAGUAACAAAGAGGUUAGUAAGGAUCCAAGAUUGACCAACAAUCAUGAGCAUGAGGACGAUGUUAAUGGUGAUGGUCCUGAUGAAUGGAAUAAAGUAACAGACGAAUUUAAAAGUUCAGUCACAAAACAAUUACAAAAAUGGGCAAAAGCUUUAAUGACAUUUAAAAAAACAAUUACUGAAAAUGUAGAAGGUGAAGAAAUUGGUAAUUUGUUCUUACCAUUUAAAGAAGAUUUGGUGGCUUAUAUUAAUGAUGAAUCGGUCUGUAAGGAAGAUAAAUGGGACAUGUUAAAAAGAAUUCAUUACUUGCAAUACCUUAAUCAUAAAGAAAGUUCGGGAAGGAAUCUUAAUGAGUUAUCCGGUAUUAAGAUUGAAUCAGAUUCAAUUACUGAAAAAUCCAAUAUUCAGGAGUUUUGUACUGAUAAUGAAGAUAAUAGAGAUGAGGAGUUAGAAAAUCUUUUAAGAAAACAGUUGCCUUCAAAUAUUUAUUACAGAGAAGAAAGGGCUAUAGACAGCAUAUUAAAUCUUAAUUUUGUAGAUCCAUAUUCAUUUAGUGACCCAAUAUGUCCUGAGUUUUUUGAAGAUAUUUGGUUUUGUACAGCCGUUAAAAAUACAACAAUUUUUAGAAUGGUAUUUCAUUGCCAACCUGACGAUUCUGUUACGACAUGGAGAGCCUAUAAAAGCUUCAAUGCAAUGUACAAUGCGUUUGAAAGAAAACAAACUACGAAGAAGAAUAUUGAUCCAUCAGUAAAUUCUGAAAAAAACAAAUCAAUAAAGAGUGGAACUACUAUGGAGAAGAAUCAUGACGCCAAAAGUACUUUGAGUUCUUCAAAUGAUGAAGGAAAGCAGGAGAAUACAAGUUCUAUAGUCCUUAAAGAAAGAGCUAAUUUUCCAUCAUACCACUUAAACGAGCUUUUUACUGGAUAUAAUGACCCAAUAUUUGACAAGCAGGAUGCACUCAAAUUAUUAAGAAAGAUUAAGGGUCAUUUGGUACUUUUUGCAACUGAAUGGUUAUCUGAGGAAGUUGACUCAAACAAUUGGUUUUAUAAUGCAGAUAGAUUGGUUCCAAUAGAAGUUUACAAUUGA